AUGGAUUUCAAGGUAAAGGGAUUUGCUGCUUCUCCUAGGAGCCAAACUCAGCCCUUCUCUGGAAGAAAGAAGCCACUAAAAAUGAUUUCUUUCAGGGUCCCACCACUUGAUUUGGGAAGCCUCGUUGACUCUGAUGAUGAGGAUGAUUUUUCCUAUAUUCCACUUAGUACAGCGCAUAUUCAUUUUAACCCACCAAAAUUAUCUUCUGCUCUUGAUUGGGUCACACCAUGUCAAAUAUCUUAUUCUCAGCAUCAUCUAAAUGAACUGGACCAAAACAUCAUACCUGAAGAUCUGCCAGCACCAACAGAGAAAUAUAAACUAAAAUAUCAGCAAUACAAAACUGAAAUGAAAGAGGGAUAUAAACACUAUAGUCGGAAAAGUGCAGAAAAGACAAAAUCAAAUAUCACAUGUCAACAGUUUCCAAGAAGCAAGAUAGAUGACAAGGAAAGUGUGGCUGCAGAGAAGAAGAAGCAGACUGUUGCAGAGCAAGUGAUGAUAGACCACUUAUCUAGGGCCGUAAUCAGUGAUCCAGAACAAAAUUUAACCAGUGAGAAACAAAGUGCUUCUAUCCUUCCACAUCCAAAGAUGGCACCUCUUCGGUUUAGGAAAAGAACAUUACAUGAAACAAAGAUAAGAACCCAUUCUACAUUAACUGAAAAUGUGCUUUCCAAUAAAUUACAAUUUGAUUGUAGAAUCAUAUCAAGAAAUGGGCAUGAUACUUGUAGAGAGUUGAUUGGAUUCUUUUUUACUCAUGACCAGUCCCUUACUAUUUAUGAAUAUCGGCAAUUUGGGAAAAAUAGGUCAAAUGUGCUUCCUUUUAUUCAAAAAAACAUUUAUAGUCAUCAACAUGGACGAAGAAAAGGAAAACAAUACCAACUUGGUGAUUUUUAUAUUGGUGCAAAUUUGACAUUUUUGAGUUCUGAUCAUCCUAGCCUUCCGGAAAGCAUAAAAGAAAACAAAUUACUUACACUUCGAAUCACAAAUAUUGACCGGAUAGCUUUGGAUUCUCUCAAAACUGCUUCUGAGGAACAUGUGGAUGAUGUAACUAAUCAAGAAGCCAAUGAUAGACUGGUCCUCAAGGCCAUUCAAGAUGUGCUAAAAGUAAAACUACAUAAAAGAGGUGUUCGCAUUUUGACUGGGCUGGGAAAAUACUUUCAACAAUUGGACAAAGAAGGAAGUGGAUUUUUAGACAAGGCUGAUUGUAAGCAAGCUCUAAAACGUUUUAACUUAGAAGUGUCUGAAAAGGAUUUUGAGUCCUUAUGGCUAAUUCUGAAUGGCUGUGGCAGUGGCAAGGUUGAUUAUGGAGAAUUCAAACGUGCCAUUACUGGUGAAAUGAAUGAGUAUAGGAAAUCAUUUGUUCGAAAGGCAUUUAUGAAACUGGAUUUCAACAAAACUGGAAGUGUGUCUAUUACAGAUAUAAGAAAAUGUUACUGUGCAAAGAAGCACCCUCAAGUAAUUUCAGGUCAUUCCACAGAGGAAGAAAUCAAAUCAUCUUUUCUAGAAACAUUAAAAGAUGCUGGCAGCAUGUCCGAUGAAGUAUCAUACUGUGAAUUUGAAGAUUACUAUGAAGGUCUAAGUAUAGGGAUAACCGAUGAUGAAGAUUUUGUUAAUAUCAUACGUACUCCAUGGGGGAUUUAG